AUGAUAAACGCUGUUUAUCCAUUGAGGAUAUCGACCAACUUGAAUUGCCUGUUUAGGACGUGGAUUAUUGUGCUAUACUUUUUGCAGGGCUGUCCUCAGCUUAAUACGGGAAUGGCAUCGUUGAUCGACCGCAGCGAUAUGAUACUCAGGACAGCGUUUUUCCUGCUUUCACCCCACACGCCGGACAAGAAUGGUGCCGGCGGCAACACGAACUCACUCGACAAACAUACGUACGGCCAUCGGGGCGGCGGAAGUGCCGGCGGUACCGGCGAGGGUACGAAUGCGGGCGAGAGUGGCGAAUCCGGCGGUCCGGGACUAUCGAACUACUUCGAACAGAGCAGCGACAGCGAGGAGCUGCUCAAGUACUACAAAAUGCCGAUGCAGUUCGGGACCGAGAACUACACGCUGGUGACGUCGCAGAUAGGCAGCACGGCACACGUCCCCUGCCGGAUUCAUCACAUCGGCGAGGGUGUGGUGUCUUGGAUCCGGCGAAAGGACUAUCAUCUACUCACCGUUGGCUUGACGACGUACAGCAGCGAUGAAAGAUUUAGUGCUACCCACCUGCAAAAUUCAGAGGACUGGACGCUGCAGAUAAAGUUCGUGCAGGAUCGGGACGCCGGUCUGUACGAAUGUCAGGUGUCAACACACCCACCAACGUCAAUAUUUUUAGAGCUGAAAGUGGUCGAGGCACGGGCGGAAAUAGUUGGACCACAAGUGAAGUAUCUGACACCUGAUUCGACGCUGAAGCUGAUAUGCCGGGUGGUACAGAGCACCGAAGCCUCGGCAUUCAUAUUCUGGUACCACAACAACCGCAUGAUCAACUAUGACCUCGACCGGGGCAUCAACGUUUCCACCGAAGCCGAUUUCCACUACUCGGAACUUACGAUAAGUCAGGCCAGCAAGGAGCAUUCGGGAAAUUACACCUGCGUUCCAAGCAAUUCACAGCCAGCGAGCGUGGUUGUACAUAUAUUCAAAGGUGAUAAUCCGGCCGCUAUGUAUCACGAGCAUCGCAGCUCAUCAACGAUACCGUACCGGGACCGUUUGGAAAUGUUGUGGUUGCUGGCCUUCCUAGCGGUGCCACUGUUCGUACGAUGGUGGCGUGAAGCCGACCUAGCCGAGGACAACAGACACCGCGCGGUACGAGUGGUCGGCCGGCGGACGAACAGCGCUCCGUGCGAGAACGUUCGUUACUGCAGCGUGACGGCGGGAUGGUUGGAUGUAGCGUCCGACAGUAGAACACACCACGUACCGGUUUACACCGACGCCGACAACCGUCAGCCACAACAAGCGUUGCAUCAAAUGGGAUGUCAUCCGAUCGCAUGCUUCUGA